AUGGGUCUGCUUUUGCUGGUGGUUCUGUCAUCUAUCGCUUUUUAUUAUUCGACUUUGGCAGCAGACACUGCAACAGUCACCAAAAAAGUUUACUUAGAUGUGGCCAUCGGCGAUAAUAAGGUAAGUGCACAGUUUUAUUAUUGGUAUUUUCAACCGCUUAAUCGUUAUUAA